AUGAGGAAUAUGAGGAAUGGUAUGGACAACCCCAUAGAGCACCAGAAUUACAGGUAUGUCAAUACUGGUGUCUUUGGAGUACCUUCUAAAUUAUUUUGGAUUACCGUGCGUGGCACGGGUCCUACACUAGUCAAGGAACAACCAUUCGGUGGAAAGGUAGUUGUUUUUGGAGGAGACUUUCGACAAAUUUUACCGGUUAUCCCAAAGGGAAGUCGUCAAGAUAUUGUUUUUGCAGCCAUAAACUCUUCCUAUUUAUGGGAUUUUUGUCGAGUGUUAUCUUUGACACAAAACAUGAGACUGCAAUUAGGAAGUUCAGGAGAUUCAAAUGAGAUUAGAGAAUUUUCAGAGUGGAUAUUGAGAAUUGGAGAUGGUAAGGAAGGAGAACCUAAUGAUGGGGAAACAACCAUAGAGAUUCCAGAUGAUGUGUUGAUUAAAGAUGUGGUAACUAAUCCCAUUGCAGUAAUUGUUGAUAGUAUCUAUCCUUCUGUCUUGGAGAACUUGGAUGACCCAAAGUUUUUCCAAGAUAGAGCUAUUCUUGCUCCAACAAACGAGUGUGUAGAGGAGGUAAAUGAACAGUUGUUGUCAAUGAUAUCAGGAGAGGAGAAAAUAUACUUAAGUUCAGAUAGUAUUUGCAAAGCAGAUAUACAGGGUAAUCAAGAGCUAUAUACACCUGACUUCUUAAACAGUAUCAAGUGUUCUGGGCUACCGAAUCAUACCCUAAAACUGAAGGUAGGAGUCCCUGUUAUGUUACUUAGGAACAUCGACCAACCUUCUGGUUUGUGUAAUGGCACGAGAUUAGUGGUUACACAGUUGGGUAACCAUAUAAUUGAGGCUAAAAUACUAUCGGGAAGCAACGUCGGUCACAAAGUUUUCAUACCUCGACUACUCUUGACCCCAUCUGACACAAAAUUGCCUUUCAAGUUUCAGCGCACGCAAUAUCCAUUGGUUGUUUGCUUUGCUAUGACUAUAAACAAAAGUCAAGGCCAAUCUCUUUCUCAUGUAGGUCUAUAUCUUCCUAGACCGGUCUUUAGUCAUGGUCAACUAUAUGUAGCAAUAUCAAGGGUUACCAGGAAAAGUGGGUUGAAAAUUUUGAUAUGUGAUAAGGAUGGUCGCACAUAUAAUACUACGCAAAAUGUAGUAUACAAAGAAGUUUUCCAGAAUUUAGCUUAAUGAGGUAAUUUUAACUUCUUUUUAAUUAUUCAUUUACCUUUUUUUUUGGUCAAAAUUAUUUACCGACUUAACUAUAUAUUUUAAGUGACAGUUUAACACAAAUAUUUCAUGUGCUUAUUGCAGAUACAUUAUGAGCAUAAUCAUGUCUUGCGCUGGGAAAUACACAUCAGGAAUAAUGGACAAUUUUAGUAACUGUUCUUUAAAACUCAAUUUUUUUUUUUGUUUUUUUUUUUUUGCUAUUUUUCCAGUUGAAACACAUUCAUCGGAACUUACAGAUCGGUAUUUUACCUUGAUUAAUUUUUUAUUUUUUUCGCAAACAACCUUGAUUAAUUAAACUUGGUAUUUUUCAUCUUUACUAUGUAAGAAUAAUGCAUGCAUGCUCAAACUUAAAUCAGAUUGUUCCAUAGAUUGAAUAAUAAAUCAGUGAACUUGCAGAAAUAAAAAUUCAGUAAUAAGCAAUUUUCAUCAAAACGAACAUGCAUAUUUUUUAGUAGUAACUUUUUUA